AUGGACUUCCCUCCCAAGCUGGUGGCAGAGCAAUUGACAUCCAUAGAUGCAGAUCUGUUCAAGAAGGUGGUGCCCCAACAGUGCCUGGGCUCCAUCUGGUCCAAGCGGAAUGAACCCAGCAAUGAGCACCUAGCAUGCACAGUCCGUGCCACCAUCACCCAGUUCAACGAUGUGACCAACUGUGUCAUCACCACCUGCCUUGGCAACCCACGCAUGACAGCCCGGGACAGGGCCAUGGUGGCGGAGCACUGGAUUAAGGUGGCCAAGCCCUGUCAAAUCUUGUGGAACUACUCCUCCAUGCAUGCCAUCCUCUCUGCUCUGCAGAGUGCCUCAGUUCACCGCCUGAAGAACACAUGGGCCAAGGUUUCCAGGAAGAAACUUCGAACAUUUAAAACAAUGUGCACCAAAGACAAUCCGCAGAGCAGAAAACUGCUUAUCCAGGAACGGCCAUCUAAAGUUGGAACCCUGGGGAUAAAUGUCCAGAGAGCAUGGAAGAGGGGGUGGCAGAAGAAAGGUGCCGUCCCAUUCCUUGGCACCUUCCUCACUGACCUGCUCAUGCUGGAUACUGCAAUGGAGGAGUACCUGGAGGAGAAUGAGAUCAACCACCAGAAGAAGAAUAAGGAAUACAGAGUCAUGACUGAGAUCAUGCUGCUCCAGGUGGCUGCAGAUCAUUACAACAUAGAGCCUAAGCAUCCAUUUAAGGCCUGGUUCCAGUCUGGGAAGUGGCUCAGUGAAGAGGAGAGCUACAUCCUGUCCUGCCAGCUGGAGCCCCGAUCUUAG